AUGGCAGCGGCGGCGGCGGCGGCGGCGGGGCUGGGCGCGGGCGGCGCGGCGGUGGCAGCCCCUGGAGGUGCAGGGCCCUGCGCAGCCGUGUCCGUGUUCCCCGGCGCCCGUCUCCUCACCAUUGGCGACGCGAACGGCGAGAUCCAGCGGCACGCGGAGCAGCAGGCGCUGCGCCUCGAGGUGCGCGCCGGCCCGGACGCGGCGAGCAUCGCCCUCUACAGCCAUGAAGACGUGUGUGUGUUUAAGUGUGCAGUGUCCCGAGAGACGGAGUGCAGCCGUGUGGGCAAGCAGUCCUUCAUCAUCACCCUGGGCUGCAACAGCGUCCUCAUCCAGUUUGCCACGCCAAAUGAUUUCUGUUCCUUCUACAACAUCCUGAAAACCUGCCGGGGCCACACCUUGGAGCGGUCUGUGUUCAGCGAGCGGACGGAGGAGUCCUCUGCCGUGCAGUACUUCCAGUUUUAUGGCUACCUGUCCCAGCAGCAGAACAUGAUGCAGGACUACGUGCGGACAGGCACCUACCAGCGUGCAAUCCUGCAGAACCACACCGACUUCAAGGACAAGAUCGUUCUUGACGUUGGCUGUGGUUCUGGGAUCCUCUCGUUUUUCGCGGCCCAGGCUGGAGCAAGGAAGAUCUACGCGGUAGAGGCCAGCACCAUGGCCCAGCACGCGGAGGUCUUGGUGAAGAGCAACAACCUGACUGACCGCAUCGUAGUCAUCCCUGGGAAGGUGGAGGAGGUCUCCCUCCCCGAGCAGGUGGACAUCAUCAUCUCGGAGCCCAUGGGUUACAUGCUCUUCAACGAGCGCAUGCUGGAGAGCUACCUCCACGCCAAGAAGUACCUGAAGCCCAGCGGAAACAUGUUCCCCACCAUUGGUGAUGUCCACCUUGCGCCCUUUACGGAUGAACAGCUCUACAUGGAGCAGUUCACCAAGGCCAACUUCUGGUACCAGCCAUCCUUCCAUGGAGUGGAUCUGUCAGCCCUCCGAGGUGCUGCUGUGGAUGAGUAUUUCCGGCAGCCUGUGGUGGACACAUUUGACAUCCGGAUCCUGAUGGCCAAGUCCGUCAAGUACACAGUGAACUUCUUAGAAGCCAAAGAAGGAGAUUUGCACAGGAUAGAAAUCCCAUUCAAAUUCCACAUGCUGCAUUCAGGGCUGGUUCACGGUCUGGCCUUCUGGUUUGACGUUGCUUUCAUCGGCUCCAUAAUGACCGUGUGGCUGUCCACGGCCCCAACGGAGCCCCUGACCCACUGGUACCAGGUACGGUGCCUGUUCCAGUCACCACUGUUCGCCAAGGCCGGGGACACGCUCUCAGGGACAUGUCUGCUUAUUGCCAACAAAAGACAGAGCUAUGACAUCAGUAUUGUGGCCCAGGUAGACCAGACGGGCUCCAAAUCCAGUAACCUCCUGGAUCUGAAAAACCCCUUCUUCAGAUACACAGGCACGACACCCUCGCCCCCACCUGGCUCCCACUACACGUCUCCCUCAGAGAACAUGUGGAACACAGGCAGCACCUACAACCUCAGCAGUGGGAUGGCUGUGGCUGGGAUGCCGACUGCCUAUGAUCUGAGCAGUGUUAUUGCUGGUGGCUCCAGCGUGGGCCACAACAACCUGAUUCCUUUAGCCAACACGGGGAUUGUCAAUCACACCCACUCCCGGAUGGGCUCCAUAAUGAGCACGGGGAUUGUCCAAGGGUCCUCCGGCGCCCAGGGCAGCAGCGGCGGUGGCUCAAGCGCCCACUACGCAGUCAACAGCCAGUUCACUAUGGGUGGCCCCGCCAUCUCAAUGGCCUCGCCCAUGUCCAUCCCUACCAACACCAUGCACUACGGGAGCUAGGCACCUCCAGGCAUCGUCAAACGGACUGACAGCACCAGGAAACCAAAUGAAGACCCGCCCACCCCCCCGUGCCGGUGGGGGCUCUUUCCCUGUACUGGAGAAGCCCGAACCCGGUCACAGCCCUCUUUGCUAUGGGAACUUGGACACUUUUUUACACAAUGUUGCUGCCGCCCCACCCCCCAGCCCCACAUCUUGGCCCUGAGCGUGUGUCGCAGCCAUACUUUACACAAGAUCAUGUUGUGGGAGCCCUUGUCCCCCGCCUGCCCUCUCCACCCUGACCUGGGUUUGACAUACUCUGUAACAGGCAUGUCUGGGCCUGACAGCUGCGGACCCAGGAGGGGAGUGAGAAAGGGAGGCAGCUGCCCUGCAGCCCGGGCUGCCCAGCCCUGCCCCAGCCCGUCCCUCUGCGCCUACCCCUCUUGCCUGUCUCUAGUGGGAAGGCAGCCCUGGCUGGGCGGGGCCUCCCUCUCAACUACCGGGCCUUGGUCACAAUGGGCGUGACAUGCUGCUUUUUUUUAAUUUUAUUUUUUUACAAAAAGAACCAGUGUCAAUUCACAGACCCUCUGAGAAACCAGGCCGGCCGGGCCGAGCCAGCAGCCCCUCUCCCCAGACUCAGAGGCUCAGCAGUGAGGGGCAGCCCGGCCGAGUCUUCAGGGGCGGGCGUGGGCCAGACCUCUGGGGCACCCGCAGCCCCCCCACCAAAGGGUUCACCUCACACUUGAAUGUACAACCCAGCCCGGCUGUGGGGAAGGCCCUCCGUCCUUGGCUCCUGCCUCUUGCUGCUGUCCUGUCCCUGAGCCCCUGCAGAUCCCUCUCCACCCUCAAUAAGAACUAGAACGGGCGCCCCCCGGACCCAGCCUAGGGGGAAGGUUCGCCUGGAGGCCGCUGGGGCAGACGCAGAAACCUCAAGGAUCUGUCAUGGAAGGCGCCUCUUUCCUGUAGCUGACGUUAGGCCUGUGUAUCUCCCCUCAGAACCUGUAGAUGCUCCAGUCCCUACUUGUAUUAUGGCAUUUUGACCCCUCUUACACGUGGGAAGGGGGCUUGCAGGGACCUCUCCCUCCAAAAAAAAAAAGGCAAAAUAAACGAGGAAAUGGAUGUUUCA